GCUCCCCGAUAUAUGGCUGAGGUAUUUUACAACAAUCGUAGAAUCGAUGGACGUCGGCCACAUGAACUACGUCGUGUGUUCUGUCAAUUCCAGACUGGGAAUUCCGAUGGAAUCGUGCUGUUGCACCAAGGGAAUACCAAAGUAUUGGCUUCUGUUGUGGGACCUCGACCCUGCCGAUUUCGAAGUGAAGUGAAACCAGGCGAGGUUAUCUUAGUCUGUCGUUACUACAAACCACCGUUCUCUUCUACCUCUGGGGAAAGGCGUAAGAUAUCUGCUCGGGACAGGUCAAUGAAUGAUUACGCCACAACUAUCGAGGAAAUAUUCGCAUGCGUUAUUCGUACGGAGAAAUAUCCCAUGUCCCAAAUCGACAUCUUCAUCGAAGUCCUCCAGUCAGAUGGUUCUGAAUUCGCAUGCGCCGUUAAUGCAGCCGCCUUGGCCUUGACUGAUGCUGGAAUCGAAAUGCGCCAUUUGGCCUGCGCUGCCACAGUAGGUAUGUGGGGUUCAAACAUAUUUGCGGAUCUUUGCCGUUUCGAAGAGACUCCACGGCUUCCCCAAUUGACUAUGGUCUGUCUGCAAUCCAUUGACGAGAAGGGCAUGGCGGUGGAUGAGAACUCAGACGGUGACCAACCUCAGGUGUUACACACUCGUCUCUCCUCUUGGCUGCCUUCCACAAAGGUGGAUGAGUUAUGCAAGGCAGCUAUAGAAGUGGCACACACGUUGAGCAUUGAGUUCGCCUCAUGGCUGCGUAAUCGAGUGCGUGUCGGAGUGGAGGUGCGAUGAUGCUGUGUCGAUGUGGGACUCCAUUCCCUACCCAACACGUGUACAGUGUACAAUCUCCAUGAUUCAGACAUCUUUCGCAUCGCAACGAUUGUGAAUAAUAAAUAAUUUUGUCUACUUAACAUCGUGUCAACAGAUUGUGAUCAUAACACCUGACAGCCAAAUGUAG